AUGAAUUCCCUUGACCUUCUCAUCUGCACGACGUGCGGAGUCCAGCACUCGACAACUGAUAACCUCUCUUCGUGUAAAAUCUGCGAUGAUCCACGCCAAUACAUUCCCGCAUCAGGACAAUCCUGGACAACCCUCACCACCCUCCACUCCAAAAAAACGCACCACAACGAAUUCCUCCCGGACAAAAACCACCCCAACGCCCUCAUAACCAUCCACACCGUCCCGCGCUUCGCCAUCGGCCACCGCGCCCUCCUCUGCCGCACGCCCUCGGGCAAAAACCUCCUCUGGGACUGCCUCACCUACCUCGACGAAGAGAGCAUCACGCACAUCAACUCGCUCGGCGGCAUCCACGCCAUCGUCAUCUCGCACCCGCACUAUUUCGGCGCCGCCCUGCACUGGGCGGAUACCUUUGCCUGUCCCGUGUACUUGGCUGGCGAAGACGCGGAGUGGGUGAUGAGGCGGGAUAAGAGCGAGUUGAGGCUGGUGUUUUGGGAGGGGAGAGAGAUGGUCCCGCUGUAUGAUGAGCCCGGUAUGGUGGUGAUUAAGACCGGGGGACAUUUCCCGGGGAGUGCGGUGCUUUGGUGGAGGGGGUUGGGAGGGGGGAAGUUGCUUGUGGCGGAUUCGAUUGCGGUUGUGCCGAGUGGUGUUUAUCAUGUUGAUCGGGUGCCGGGGACGGUGUCGUUUACGUUUAUGUGGUCGUAUCCGAAUAUGAUCCCCCUCUCUGCGGAUCAAAUACAUGGGAUCUGGAAGGCAAUCAAACAUACCGAGUUUGAGGAUGCUCAUGGCGGCUUUGUGGGCACUGAUGUGAGAGGAAAUGGCAAGCAGAAAGUGCUGGAAAGUGCGCAGAUCAUCGUCAAGGCCAUGGGAUAUCCUAAUCAUCCUAUUCUUCAAGAACAGUAG